AUGGCGCCUCCCAAAGGCAAGGACAAGGCCACCGAAUCUCCCAACUUGGACCUGUCCGAUGCAGAGUCUAGCGGCCACUCUGAAGAUGAAAGCACCACCCAGGACAAGGGCAAGGCAGGCGACACCCCAAAUGUUCCACUCCAGAAGCGCCGGAGGGUUACGAGAGCUUGUGAUGAGUGUCGGAGGAAGAAGAUCAAGUGCGACGGGAAACAACCCUGCACCCAUUGCCAAGUCUACAGCUACGAGUGCACUUACGACAAGCCCUCUAACCGACGCAGAAACCCUGCGCCACAGUAUAUCGAGGCCCUGGAGAACCGGCUGCAGCGCGCUGAAGGACUUCUGAAGAAGUUCAUGCCCGACGUUGAUCUGGCCGACCCGAACCUCGACCCUGCUGUUGAGCAGGAGUUCCGCCUACGGGAACAGGCACGUACCAAGGCCCUCAAAAAGGAAGACAGCUCCUCUCCGUCGCCCAUGAAAUCUGAUGAGCGUCUCAUGUCCAUGAUCUCGGGUGUCGGCCAACUCGAAUUUGACGACAAUGGUGACUAUGACUUUCACGGUCCCUCUUCUGGCAAUGUCUUCUUCAAGAAGAUGAAGAACCACUUCAAGGGCUUGCUAGGUCGUGACUACCACGUACCAGUGCUACCUCGUCCGCCGAAACCCUCCAGCAUCGUGGGUCUCGACUCUCCCCGCUUAUCAGCCAUAAGUUCGCCUGGCAGCAGCAGGAAGGGCUCUACCGCCGACGUCUGUGAUCUACCCCCAAAGGUCAUAGCCCGUCGCCUGUGUUCACAUUCUCUCAAGUAUGCAACAUGUCUACUUCGAAUUGUCCACGUUCCCUCCUUUUACACAAUGGUCGAUAGAAUAUACGACAAGCCGCCGGGAAAGUAUGGCAGUUAUGGAACCGACGAGGACAGGGACCUGGCCCUGCUCUAUUCCGUCUUAGCAUUAGGAUGCAUGUACAAUGUUGCAGACGACGAAAAAUCAAAAAAGCCUCCUUAUGAAAUCGCCACGGAGCAAGGUUUAAAGUACUACACCUCUGCGAGGUUUUUACUUCAAGACGUUACAGACUGCCGAGAUCUCAUAUCACUCCAGGCUCUCUUAUUCAUGAUUCUGUUCAUACAAUCAAUAUCGAGCCUUGGCACAUGUUACGGCUUCGUCGGCAUAGCGCUACGAUCUGCCUUGAGGAUGGGCCUUCAUCGAAACCUGCCGCACAAUCAAGGUACUGCUAUCGAUGCCGAGUCAAGGCGGCGGGUCUUCUCUGUUUGCCGCCAGCUAGACAUUUAUGUGUCCGCGCUUCUCGGAUUUCCCAUGCUGCUCAACGACGACGAUAUUGACCAGCCACUACCAACCCCAAUUGAUGACGAAUUCAUCACCAAGAAUGGGAUGGUGCCAGUCCCUCCAGGCACAACUUCUUUCAUUGAGGCCUUCAACGCCCACGCUCGCCUAAUGGACAUCCUGAGCAAGAUCAUCAAACAUAUUUAUCCUGUCAAGGGAAUGGAGCAGACUGUUGCGGAAGGGGGUCAAAUGAGUCCGUCGUACAUGAUAAGUUAUGGCAAGGUACAGGAGCUCGAGACCGCGCUUCAACAGUGGAACGAGGAGCUGCCUGCUGCUUGGCGACCGGAUUCUGAAGGGCCCGAGGAAGUCGUUCGUGUCCGUAACCUACUCAGGUUCGCAUACGCUCAUGUGCAGAUGGUACUGUACAGGCCAUUCCUUCACGCAGUCUCGGCCAAGAUGACUUCAGGAAAGCCGCCGGAUGAGCGUUCAUACGCCUGUGGUGCAGCUGGCAUCAAUGUUGCCCGGAACAUCAUACAUAUUGGCAUUGAAAUGCGAAAACAGGUAUCAUUGGUUGGACCGUACUGGUUUACUCUGUUCACCGAGUUCUUUGCCAUCAUUACGUUGGUUUUCUACGUUCUGGAAAACGACGAUAAGCCUGGCACAACCGAUAUUAUGGCGGAUGCUACGGCCGGUAGAGACAUGAUCGGUAAGCUUGCGAGACGAAGCAUGGCUGCUGACCGUAUCUCCAAAGCUUUGGAUGUUAUGUUUGACCAACUCCCCGACAAGAUGAAGGGAGUUGCCGCUGGUGCAGCGCCUUCCAAGAAGCGUUCUGCAACUGAUUCCAAGGAGUCACUUCACGCAGUCGUCUCCCCGUCGCCCAUGCAUAUUACGGGCGAUGCAAUGGACGGCAUGCGGAAUCAUUCAGCACAUGGAGCUAGAGGUUCCCUAGGACCUAUGGCACCCAACGUCUCUUUUGACCUCGACACCAACUUUGGCAUGGACGACUUCUCUUCAAACGUCCCGGGUAUGUCUCCGCUGGACCUGGCCUCAACACCAGUGGAGUCCAUGUCUUCCGGCCAAAUGGAACAAGGGCAACGUCUGCCCGAUGGCAUGACCCAUGGGGUAAACCCAAUCAACCAACUCGAUGCGGUCAUGUUUCCUUCGGCAGACCCGUUGGCCUAUCCCAAUCAACCAGGAUUCGCAAUGAGGGGUGGACCUCAGCAUUAUGAUCCAUCCCAGUUCUACGCGCCUAAUCUGUUCGAUGGCAUUGAAGGUCAGUUGAUGGGUCCGCUCCCUCCAUACCUGAUGCAGACACCUCAAGGACAGCCCGGGUUUUCGUUCCCAGCUCAAAUGUAUCCAGAUCCAAUGCUCGCGAUACAGAUGCAGCGGGCACCCCAGCACCAGCCUCACCCGCACCACCAGAUGCCGCAACAGGCUCAGCGGCGACGCAUGUUCAGUCAGUUCGGCAGCCAGCAACCGUGGUCUGGCAUGUUUCCUCAUACGACGGCCGGUUUGGAAGCAGUUUAUGGAAUCGCGGAAAGUUUUGUUGGACAAGGAAGUACUUUAUUUUGUGAGUGGAAGCAAGAAAAGAACGUCGUUACUCCAGGUGCGCAACAGAGCUCGACACACAGGCGAGCAGCAGGCUUAACCUUCGUCUCGGUAGCUGCGACUUCUGUAGCGUUCACUACGAAACCCCCUUGGCAAUUCAUCGACAUCUGUCUUGAUAUGGAGGCACAUGAUGUUUUAGACCACGACCUGGUGAUUGUGGAAGAGUUCGAUGCUUUGGCCAUUGAGGUGAAGCCCGCACCGUCUCAGAAGUUUCCUGCGAAACAACAUGCAAGGAAGGUGGCGAAGGAGCUUGGCGUUGACCACGGCAUUAUCUACCUGCCAGGUCAAUCCGAAAAGGGAUGGGAGGACUCGGACAUGGACGUUCCCUUUCGGCAACGCCGAUACUUUUAUUACCUGAGUGGUGCAAAUUUCCCGCGCUGCGCAGUCACGUAUGACAUCGAAGCAGACAACCUUAUUCUCUGGGUACCAUACACACCUCCUCAACAGGCCUUAUGGUAUGGUACAACGCCCACGCCGGCGGAGUGCUUGAAGCAAUCGGACCUGGACGAUGUCAAGUAUACUGCCGAGCUUCCAAAGUAUCUUGUCCCAACCCUAGCACUCGUCGAGACUCUAUACGUACUCAGAGAAUCCCAGCUGCCCAGAUUCAAAUCCUUUGACACCCUCAAGCCGCAUGUCACGGUUGACACAACGUCCCUGCUCCCUGCCAUAAGCGAGGCUCGGGUGAUUAAGACUGCCUUUGAGAUCUCCAUGAUCCGAAAAGCCAACGACAUUAGUUCUGCAGCCCACAAAGCUGUCUGCCAGAAGAUCCGCUACCUGAAGAACGAGUGUGAGGUCGAAGCCAUCUUCCAAGCCGUCAGCCUUUCCCGCAAUGCGCACUCUCAAUCGUACGCUAUCAUUGCCGGCUCGGGCUCCAAUGGCGCCUCGCUCCACUACGGUGCCAACAAUGAACCCCUUGCCGGCCGCCAGCUGCUUGUCCUGGAUGCCGGCGCCGAGUGGAACGUUUAUUCAUCCGACAUCACCCGCACGCUACCAAUCUCGGGGAAGUUUACACCUGAAGCCCGGGCUAUCUACGACUUGGUGGCGGAGAUGCAGUCACAAUGCGAAGACCGCAUCCGCCCUGGCACGGUGUACUUUAGUCUGCAUUUGCACGCACACUUGGUCGCGGUAAAGGGUCUGCUCGAGCUGGGUAUUCUCCACAACGGCACUGCGAGCGAGAUUUUCAAGAACGGUACCAGUGCGGCGUUCUUCCCUCACGGGCUAGGCCAUCACGUUGGACUUGAGGUUCACGAUGUUGCUGGCUACGAGCGGCUCUUGGUUGAACAGGAUGGAUUUAUGACACUUGGUGGGAAGAUGAAGCUGUUUGUGCCCCAUAUGCUGAAGGAGAUGAUCAACACGGCCGUGUCCAAGGGAGAUGCAGGAGAUGCCGCAGCAACUACAGGGCCGCCGUACAAAGGCCGAAGAGAAUUGGCACCGGGCAUGGUGGUCACCGUUGAGCCUGGCCUCUACUUUAACAGGCAAUACAUUGAGGCGUAUUUCCUGAGACAACCGGAGCAUGCCAAGUAUAUCAACCAAGAAGUUCUGGAGAGGUAUUGGGAUGUAGGUGGUGUCCGGAUUGAGGAUUGUCUAUUGGUGACAGAAGAUGGCGCUGAGAACCUGAGCUGGGCACCCAAAGGCGAGGAGAUGCUGAACAUCAUCAACGGGAAAUCAAUGUAG